AUGCCGGCAGCCUUUAUGGAUGAGAAAACUCAAAGAAGGAGCUCGGCCGCUGGUCAGCCUGCUCCUUCAGACUCUCGCGGCCCCGUAUAUCAUCCCAGGACUGCACCCAAACGCAGUGUUUCCUCCAAAGACCACCCCUCCAACUUGUCAGAACGUCCUCAACACCCAUCACUUUCCCGCGUCAAGGGCCGAACGAAUAUGUUUACUCCGCCUCGAAUGAACGCAGAGGUAUCGUGGCUGAGAGACCAGUCACCUAUUCGUCAGGGCACAAGGACGCCAAACCGCUCAGCUGAUACCCCCGAACCCGGCACCCCUACACUAGUAAACCCUGCCUCGGCUCUAUUGCAGGAUUUACUGAAAGAAGAACGCGCACACCGAAGCUCCCGAGGAACCAUAUCAGACGAUUUUAAUGAAAAUGCUCCCAAAACCCCUGAGACUACUCGAACCCAGGAAGAUACUGCGUCUGAAAAGGCACGCAAAGUGAAUGACGUCUUCUCUGCUGGUCAGAGAAAACCAAAAGAGAUGGGCAUGCGGGAAAUGGACCAAUAUGUCUCGAAAAUGAACAAGCUCAAUUUCGAUUUGAAGCUCGAGGUCUUCCACCGCACACAACAGAUGGCUAUAUAUGAAAAGAAGCUAGAACGGAUGGCGGAGAUGGAAGAACAACUAGCGCACAUGGAAGAUUUGGUAGCAGAAGUGGAGGAGCUUCGGACCACUGAGAAAGACAACCAGACUCUACGUGAAUCCAACGAGCAACUCCGCACCGACCUUGACAAGCGAGAUCUGGCUGUUACCGAAGCCGUGGAGCUCAUCUGCCAGUUGGAAUCGAAAAUCGACAUGCUGGAGAAUGGCGGCCGGGCCUCCAGGCUGUCUAUGUCACGCCCUAUGACCGCCGACGGCUCCGAGGCCUUAGCGCCAAAAUCCCGGGCAAUUAUUGAGAUUCCAGAGAGAACCUCUUCCAUACGGAAUUCAUGUGUCUUGAGCGUAGCUCAGCGCCAGACAUCUUCUGAGCUACGAAAACUCUCGAAAGCACCCUCCUUCCUACGAGCUGAUAACAAAAGUACUGCCACUUUGCGAAGCCUUUAUGCUCCCGAAGAAGAAACCCAGUCACGCUCUCCAAGGACUGAACUUUCGAAAUCAGAGAGCUUCCACACGACCACCGAGACUAUGGAGCCUGAGUCACCCAGACUGAGCGUCUUGAGUGAAUGCAGUGAGCUGAAUACGUUCGACACGCCUACAAGGUGGCAAGAAUUUGAUCAGCUCGAGAUUCCUGUUCGGAGAUCGUCGUCGACCGCAGGCAGCUUGGAUAGCUAUGUUCCCCCCAGCGGGCGGGAAGAAAGCAAAAAAGACCAGAUUGAUCGGUGGAUGCAGUCCCGCGAAGACGUAAACCAGACUAUAAUCACCAGACGCAGGAACCGAGCAUCAUCUGAUGCCACCAAGGCCAGCAUUCCCAAUUUUACAACAGACUUGUAUGCUCCCAAGCCGCGUGGACGCGGAAGACUGGAUGCAUCUCUUUUCGGAGGCGUCAGACUUCCUCCCACUCCUGAUACUAUGAGUACGGCAUGUGCUACCGGUGCAAACCGAUCGAAUGGGUCCAAUGGGAGCAUUAAAGCCCGAAGAAGUUCACAGACUGAGCAGGAUCUGUUUUUCCCUGGUAGGCGAGUUAAUCGCCCACGUUCUGCGGAAGAGAUGGCCAGUCACUACAGCUUCAAUGGCAGUGAGGUUGACGACAGCAUGCAAACUAACUGCAGUGAUACUCCGCGCCUAGACGUCACAGCUGACGAGUCGCGCACUAUCUUGCCCUCCUUCAAUACUGUUUCCUCUAAAGCCAGCGCGCUUCUUGGGCCUGGAAGCCCCGACAACCCUGUUAUCGAGACCUUUGGGGAUCUGUACCACACAAAUGCCAACGCAGCAUCAACCCCAACAAUUAAACGUGUCCGUAGCCCGAUCAAGGCUAUGACACCAGAGCCGCAUACCAGUGACUGCGACUCUUCGCCACCACUCACACCUCAAGACUGGGUUGCCGCUGCAAGGCAGGGUCCACGGUCUCGCAAGCCCAAGCCGCGUCAGAACCGCCAUGAAAUUCAACAGACAGAGCUGUCACCACGCACUGCCGUCAGUCCAGCCACAUUCCACGACGACAGCAGCAUCGCUUCGGAUCCAAGCGAGCCUGAUGUCCCCGGUAUCCCAACUCUUGACAUGACCACUCUGGACAUCCUAGAACAACCCCUCGACAUCGCCCAGUCAGAGCCCAAAACUGAAGCCAACCCCGAGCCCCGUCGACGCCUCAGCUUCCUACCCCCAUUCUUCAACCGCUCAACCAACCACCCCCGUGGACUGCAAGGUUCCCCAAUCCCGAAUGACUUUGAAGAUGACGAUGAGGACGGCGCCCCAUCCCCGGUAAUCCCCAAAACCAGGACAAUGGGCGGCGGCUCCCGAAGACCCAUGUCCCAAAUAAUCACCGUCCCAACCGACCUAGGCUCGUCCAACCCCCCAAUCCACAGUGAAGAACCGCCCCCAGCCUUCAAACCGCGAGGGCUCCCGCAAUCAUUGACAAUGUCAACACUGGCCGACCAGCCCGGCUCCGCAACAGUCUCAGGACGCCCCUCCACAUCUCAUGGCAUUGGCAUGGAACACAAGCGGCGUAGCUCACUGGGAAUCUUCAACUGGAUGAAGGGCAAACGCUCUGAUUCCGUGUCUGUCCCCGGGACAGAGAAGUCCAUUGACUCCGUGCCGAAAGAAAACCGCGCUCCCUCGCGUCUAGCCUAUGAAACUACCCAUGGACUUGGAAUCCCCCGUGCCGAGACGCCGGACUCCAUGGAGGCUCAUGUCAGACCUCAUUCCGAGAUGGCUGUUCAUCCUGAAGACUAUGCGAGACGGCCUCGGUAUAUGGGCCGUCGUGCUCGCAGGGGCUGA